GUCAGAACGGCGGGCUCUGGCACGAGGCGUUUCCGAUUUGGAUGAGUUCCACGCGCCGGAGGGGAAUAACGUUACAGUAUAAGUGGAGUUCGAGGAGUUCAGGCAGCUUAUUUCCCAACACAACUAAGGUGUGAAUGCCCACUCUUUUGUUACCUCACAUCUGACAACUGGCUUCUGCAGACAAGAAGGAAAGACUGGUUAAAGGACUUUUUAAUUUUCUCAUAGGUUCAGCCACACUUCUCUCAAUCCGUCAUGUCCUCUGAGGCACGCUCUCCCUCGUCUCCACUGUCUCCUGGUUCCCUGUCUUCACCGGUACCCCCAGAGUCUUUGAACUUGCCAGAGACUGGAGGACGCAACAGGGAGCGUUCUUUAUCUCCCAUGAGAGAUUAUCUCAUUCCCAGCCCUCUUCCAACAAGACGCACAAGGACCUGCUCAGCGGCAGCUCGAGCUUCAGAAGGACCAGUCUAUACCGGUACAUGUAAGUGCUUCUCACGUUCCAAAGGACAUGGAUUCAUCACCCCAUCUGAUGGAGGGAACGAUAUAUUUGUUCACAUUUCUGACAUUGAAGGAGAGUAUGUUCCAGUGACAGGAGAUGAGGUCACCUACAAGAUUUGCUCCAUUCCACCCAAACUCGAGAAGGUCCAAGCUGUUGAAGUAAAAAUUACCCACCUUGCACCAGGUAGCAAGCAUGAAACCUGGUCAGGCCAUGUCAUCAGCUCUUAAGGUUGGGGACUGAUUGCCUCGAUGAAGUACAGCUCAGUGAAGUCCUAUUAACAAAUAUUCUUCUCCCAUGAUUUCAUAUUUUGCAGGAAAUGGGUGCAAAACAUUUUACUAUCUCUUUUUAUAAAAAGUUUUUUGUUUUGUUGUGAAUGAAUAGUUUUUUUGUUUUCUUCUGCCCAAGGGGAUACAAUAGUGUAAAUUGAACCAAAAAUGUAAUAGGCAUUUGUAAUGUAACAUUUACAAAAAAGUAAAAGAAUGAAAAAUAAAGAACAGAACUAUUCUUUGGUGCCUUGAAA